UUCUGUAGGAUUUUUUAUGAAUUGGGAAGUUAUAGCAAAAUCUUGAAUCCCAAUUGAGAUGUGCGGAAGUGGUACAACUACUACUACUAUGUUGCCUGAAGUUUGUGGAUCUAGCUUCCUUUUAUCACUGCCUGAUGACGUGUUUGCGAUAGUAAGUAGAUCACUUUCACCAAGGGAUGUAUGUAAUCUUGGUUUAUGCUGUAGAAACUUGCAUGAUUUAGCUGCCUCUGAGAAGGUUUGGCUAUCGCAAUGUGAAUUGCUUGGGGUGGUUCCUUAUCGGGACGUUAUUGAAUGGCGAAAGGGAGUUUGUUCCUACAAGGCGCUUUGUCACUUCCUUGUAAGCAUAAAGCCUUUGCUUGGUAUUUGGGUUCAUCAAAAUCCUGAACUCGGCAAUGUUGUUUAUGUUAUGCCUGGUUUUAUCUCCGCAGUUGGUUGUCGGAUUAUUCCCCAAGAACUCGGUCCAUUAGGCCUUGAAGACAGUCCAAUUUUGUGGUCGCCUGUAUUUGAAGUCGUUUCUGAUUUUGAGGGUUCUGCUGCAUUUUUCCUUCAUGGUAGGGAGAAUGGAACUGACUAUGUUUAUCCUGGUUCGCUCAAGAAGGUCGAGAGGACUUGCAAUGUGCUUAUGUUAGAGGUUGAGCCUCAGCAGUACACAAGUGGGGGUAAGUUGUUCCACAGCAAGAGUUUUAUUCAUCCUUCAGAGAAUGAGGCAUCACGGAAGAUAUGCAGAUCCAAUAGUGGGGUUUCUGUGUCAGAGAAGGUAACGGAACAGCGUGCAACAACAGUGCCCUUUGGCCGGCUUGCAUUUGCUGAUAGGAGAAAGUUGCUUGACACAGUUACUAACCAAGUUCGUCAAACGCUGCCAGAUGCUAAAGAUGCCAUAUUAUUUCCUCGUUUGAGAAGAGAGGAGGCUGAUUUACGAGAGAAUAUGAAACUCUUGUAUGAAAGGAGAUUGCUCUUUAUGCAAAUGUACGAUGGUGGUGGCGGUUUUACUGUCUGGAAGGCUGGUUCUGAGUUGCCUUUGCAUCCUUCUCCUGUUGGAUUGAGUGAGUUCAGACGGAGUCUUGAUCUGAUAAGUGGCUGUCAUGCAUCACAAACUGCUACUGAUCAUGAGAGUCGGAGUCGGAAGUCACUGGCUGGAUAUGUUAAACACAGUCUAAAAUAUAUACUCAAGAAGUCAAACUCUAUCAAUGGCAAACGUGAUCUCCUUGGAAAGAAUUCCUCUGGCCACGGAAGUAAGCAUGCCCAGCUUCACGAGUUCUUGCAGCCAGGUGAUGCAAUAGGGCUGACAUUACAUGCUUCAACUGUGAAGUUAUCCUCUUAUCGUGCUUGGCCAAAUAUGCACGAAAGUAAAUAUGCUCUGUACAAGUUGCCUAUGCGGGCACCAGAAGUGGGCCAAGAAUAUGCUGGUGUAUGGGGAGGGACUUUUGGUUGGCCCCCGGGGAGGCCUUCUGAUGAUAAGCCCGGAAAAGCAUUGUUUCUUCUUUUGUUGUCUUAUGAGGAGUCCCAAGGUCAGAAGCAACUUAUUGCGACCAAGAUAUUAGAAGGUACACAUUAUGUUUUGCAUCCUAAUGGCUCAGCUAUGUUUAUAGUAAAUAUUGAAGAGCCUUCGAAUGAUCCAUUUCCUUGGUGCACCGAUGGGCAUGAUUCCAACCCUGUAGAUGUUAAGCAUGCUUUUAUGGGUGUAGGUAUUGCUAACGGGUAUGGUUUUCGAUAUCCUGGUUCAAAACCUGGUUCACUCUUUGUAAUCCAUGAUAAAAUGCUUGCUUUUAUAUGGAAGGAGUCCAGGUCUGUGUUGGCCUUGCAGAGGCUCGAUUUGCAAGAGGUUUUGAGCAAGGGGGAAAGGAUCCCUGCUCUACCUCCGGUUUCCAAUUUUGCAUACCUUACCAGGUCCUAUUCAAAUGUGUUUGCCAAUGGUCUGACUUCACCAAGGCAGAAUCAUCCGUAGGGAUGACAAGUUAGCAGAGCAAAGAAUCUUUUGCUAGAAAUGGCCGAAAACCACAAAAAAAAUAGGUGGAAAAAGCUUAAGUUUGUUGUACUUGUAAGUUCGUUUAAUUCACACAGCAGGGUGAUAGAGGUGUGUGGUUUGCAUGUUACUCAACUGCUUGUGGCGUAUGGCGAGAUUUUUCAACUUUCUAUUUAUGAUUCCUGGCAGGAAUAAAGCUUCUUCAAACCAUUCUGUAGUUUUAUAAUGAGGGUACCAUUUCCAUAUUUAUUGAACAAUCUUUGUGCUGUUGCUAAUUAUGAAAGAGUCAUAGUUUCCUUGAAGCAGGAAUGAGGUUGCACCUUCUCUUGAUAUUAUUUGUUAUAAACUUAUCUUCUAUGAAAAA